AUGGGAGAUAAAGGGACGUCAGUGGUGCAGGUCACAGCCACUGACGCAGACGACCCCACGUAUGGAAACAGCGCUAAAGUGGUCUACAGCAUCCUCCAGGGGCAGCCCUACUUCUCUGUGGACCCUAAAACAGGUGCGUGUCGCUGGGCUUACGUGCUCCUCUGCGGGGCGUUCAGGGCUUUUUGGGAUUCCGUCAAUUUUACAUGA